UGGAAAGUUGCUGAGGACUGUCCACUGAUGCUUUAUGGUUUGAUAUUGGCAAAGAUAUACAUACUGUAUGAAUUCAUUUAAAGGUUAACAACACAGCUAUAUAAAAAUUAAUGGAUUAAUGAAAAUAUAAAUGUCAGAAAAAGGCCCAAACCUACUUAAAACCAUUUGAUUACAAUGUUAAAGACAAAAUAUAAGGGCGGUUUAACAAAAGGGUAAACAAAAUAUCAGAUAGAAGACAUAAACUGACAUUAAAACCACAACUUAACUUCUAAUGCAUGCAAAGCCACCAAAAUGUCCAGCAAUAAUAAUAAAACUGUGCAAAUUUCUAUAAUGAAAUACAUUUGAAAUGCUGAUUAUUUAAUACUUGUGUAAGUCUAUAGUUACAAAAAGACACAAAAUAAAAAGUUUCAAGUACAUAACAAACAUAAUUAUAUUUAUGCAAGAACAACAAAUAACAGCAAUUAAAAAAACUUGAAUGAACAUGUUUUUACACUUUCCACAUCUGGUGUUGGCUUUAGGCUCAGCCCUGUUACCCAAUGCUUAAAAAGUAGGUCGAAAAAAGAGAAAUGUACAUCAAAAACGCCUGUAGAUGGCAGUCUGUCAAAAAUAUUGAGGCGAAAAAACUUUGAUGUGAGGCAAAGUGGGCUUUUUUGGAUUAAGAUGCAAUGUUUAAAAAAUGAAAAGAAAAUAAAUAAAUACAUAAAUAAAAUAAAAUAAAAUAAAUACUACUACUACUAAUAAUAUGUCUUGCAUAUAAAUCUUAUGCAAGAAAGGUUGCUGUUAUAAAAUUAAAAAAAUAAAUAAAACAUUGUGCUCCCGCUGCAUCAUCCCGGCACGCGGAGGUGGUGCUGUGUCACUAAAUGGCGGCUCCUGAUUUGCUGUGCAUCGUCGGAGAGGCGGGGCAGGUGGGUGGGGCGUUGUGACGACACGUGCGUGCUGAUGACGAUCUCCAACUGCCGUGGCUUUAUGAAAGCCGAUGUCCGUAACACGGGUGGCGCUCCUGGCAGCUGUUUCACAACGUUUUCUGGGGUUAUAUAGGCGGAGAGCCAGCGCCGGUGUCUGAAGAACCGAACCCUAACCCGGCCUCCAUUCUGUCCGCUGUGAGCGCGAGCCACCAUCCGCCUCGAGGAGACUGCUAGCACCGCUCCAGCGCGAACCAGGGGACGGAGCAGCCCUAGCUUAAGGGGAAGUGGGCUUCGUCUUGUCUUUCAGUCAGGCAGAUGCUCCCAGCCGCCCCGCUUGACAGGAGUGAUGGGAUGUGUCAACUAGCAGAUGACGCACUCCUGGAUAAUGUCAUCGGACUGAGAGAUUCAUCUGCAGCGUGCUCACUGGAAGAAGACACAGGAGGGACUGAGGAAGAGAAAGGCAAGGACGGUGAAGACGCCAGGAUGGGCGUGGGCAAGAACACCUCAAAGUCCCUGGACAGCAGCAGCGACGGCGGAAAAUAUGAAGACGACAGGAAGCACGGCGUCGAUUUCUACCCCAUUCCGGUGGUGGUUAAUGGAGUGGGUGGUGCCAGUGGAGACCAGGACACCGAGAACACAGAGCUGAUGUCCAUCUACACGAAAGAUAAUCAAGGAGCAGAGAAGAGCUCAAUGUCUGAGACGCUCGACAGCACCGACAGCACAGACGCACGGAGGAUGGAUAUGAUCUACACCAUUGAGGACACCCCACCCUGGUAUCUGUGUGUGUUCUUAGGCUUACAGCACUACUUGACUUGUUUCAGCGGAACCAUUGCGGUGCCGUUCCUCCUGGCUGAGGCUAUGUGCGUGGGCUUCGAUCAGUGGGCCACCAGCCAGCUCAUAGGGACCAUCUUCUUCUGCGUGGGGAUCACCACCCUGCUGCAGACCACGUUCGGCUGCAGGUUGCCUUUGUUCCAGGCCAGCGCCUUUGCUUUCCUUGCACCAGCCAAAGCCAUCCUGUCACUGGAUAAAUGGAAGUGCAACAACACAGAGUUUCCGGUGCUGAACGGGACGGAGCUCCUUCAUACCGAACACAUCUGGCACCCAAGGAUACGGGAGAUCCAGGGCGCCAUCAUCGUGUCCUGCCUCAUCGAGGUGUGCAUCGGAGCGUUAGGUCUGCCCGGGAUGCUGCUGAAGUACAUCGGACCUCUGACCAUCACCCCCACCGUGGCCCUCAUCGGGCUGUCGGGCUUCCAGGCUGCAGGAGAGAGGGCGGGGAAACACUGGGGCAUCGCCAUGCUGACCAUCUUCCUGGUGCUGCUCUUCUCUCAGUAUGCCAGGAACGUCCACUUCCCACUGCCGAUCUACAAAGCCAAGAAGGGCUGGACCUCCUACAGGCUGCAAGUCUUCAAAAUGUUUCCUAUCAUAAUGGCCAUCCUGGUUUCGUGGCUAUUAUGUUUCAUUUUUACUGUGACGGAUGUUUUCCCGCCGGAGGAGGACAAGUACGGUUUCUACGCGCGCACAGACGCGCGUCAGGGCAUCCUCACGGUGGCUCCAUGGUUCAAAAUCCCCUAUCCCUUCCAGUGGGGCACACCCACCGUGACGGCUGCAGGCGUGAUCGGCAUGAUGAGCGCUGUGGUGGCCAGCAUUAUCGAAUCCAUCGGGGACUACUACGCCUGCGCACGCCUGUCCUGUGCUCCUCCACCUCCCAUCCACGCCAUCAACAGAGGGAUUUUUGUUGAGGGUAUUUCCUGCGUCCUGGAUGGACUUUUUGGAACAGGAAAUGGCUCCACCUCCUCCAGUCCUAAUAUAGGCGUCCUGGGUAUCACAAAGGUGGGCAGCCGGCGUGUGAUCCAGUACGGAGCUGCCAUGAUGCUGCUGCUGGGGCUCGUGGGUAAAUUCAGCGCCCUGUUUGCCUCCCUGCCCGACCCGGUUCUGGGAGCUCUGUUCUGCACCCUGUUUGGGAUGAUCACGGCCGUGGGACUCUCCAACCUGCAGUUCGUUGACCUGAACUCCUCCAGAAACCUCUUCGUCUUGGGCUUCUCCAUCUUCUUCGGUCUGAUGCUGCCGAGCUACCUCAAGCAGAACCCGCUGGUCACCGGCAUAGUGGAAAUUGACCAAGUGCUGAAUGUUCUGCUCACCACUGCUAUGUUUGUCGGAGGCUCUGCUGCUUUUAUUUUGGAUAAUACCAUCCCCGGUUCCCUGGAAGAGCGAGGCAUCAAAAAGCUGAAGCGCGGUUCUGGCCUCAGCGCCGCGGAGCUGGAGGGAAUGACUUCCUACGACCUGCCAAUCGGAAUGGACUUCAUCCGCAGACACUCUAUCUUCAAACGCAUCCCCAUCAGCCCUACCUUCACAGGCUACCACUGGGGGAGGCGAAAGGACUCCAUCAAGAGCAGAAAGGGACACGGGGACGUGGUGAAGGGAGGGGAGGGCGGCACAGCUCCAGGGGAGAGCCGGGUAUAGCCGGCGGCCCGAAUCCAUCUUUAGAGUGUCCGGAUACGGGAGGAAGGGACGGUACACUAAGUAGAAUGAUGGGAGAUUGGAGCACAAAUGCAGCGCAGGAUUGUUGGAAGAAAAUACGUUGCACCAGCCCCCACCCGCCCACCUCGCCCUCUCCCCCCCUCCAGCAGUAUGUCUUUCCUUAGGCCUCUUAGGCUAGAUUUUUAAGCAUGCUAUAGCAAGUCACCGCACACUAUUUUCCCAGGUGGAGGUUUGUUGGUGUUGAUCCAUGUGUGCAUUAAGCAGUGAAAAAAAAUAUCUUCCACAACGAGACAGCCGGACAUCCGACGGUCUCUGAAUCUGCUGCUAACGCCCAUUCCCCAACUCAUUUGAAAGCAUUCUCCUAAAAACGAAUAGAAAAACAAGCAAUGCUGUAGUGUCAAUCGAGGACCACGUUCCGACUUAUUUGCCUCCAAAACUUUAUGCAACCGCAUUUUGAGAUGCACGCACACACCGACAGCCUCCGCGGAACUCGUUUGUGCUGCAGUGCAGACUGAUGGAAGUAGCUCGUCGGAUGCUCUUAGCCAUGUGAUUGUGAGGUUUGUUUUCUAUUUUGGUUUUUGCACUGUCUGCCUCCUGAGUUCAAAAGUAGAAUGUCACUGCACAGCCCCUACACAACUCUCUUCCUCUUCUCCUUCAGUCUUCAGCUCCACAUCCAAGUUUACAUCCCCUUUACCUGUCAGUAUUAUGCACCGGUUAGUCAUCAGAACUUCCUGACACAAUCCCAAAAAUAUUUUACUUUCACAUUAAGCUUUUAAAAAAUGUAUACAUUAUACUAAAGAUACUUUAAUUUGCUUUACAUAUUAGCGUUUUUCUAUUGGAACAAGCUAUGAAACCGUCAUGAGUGCAUUUAUGAAUGCUAUAGACGCGAGGCCUUGUUUGGAGACUUGCACACAAAGCUGGGAAUGAGGGAGCGGCAGGAAAAAUGUAUUACCUUUCAUCCAACCAGUGCAGGGAUUACUUAAUCUCUUAUCGAUUGGUGAUGGAUUUCCAUCACAGAGAUCACCACAAAUGUUAUUUUGUAAACAAGGAUAAAUUGGUGAGAUGUAUUGCUUUUCUUUGAUUCAUUCAUCUGGAUUUAGAUUGUAGUUACUGUAGUUACUAACGCUCGGUGUCACCCCAAACGUCUGACCAGUCUGCAUGCCGGUGCUGCUUCCACCAAAACCCCCCAAUUUAGAAACAGUUGAAAAAGAGAAGCUCUGAUAAAAGAAUAUGGAACUCCUCUGGUAUUUUACCAAAGCAAGAUCUUUCAUUUUACUUCUACUGUUAUGUUGCAAUAACAUUUUUUGUUUUUGUUGCUACUGAAAAAUUGUCCUUUUUUUUUUUUAUUAAUUAUGUGUUUUAUAAGAAACAAAUAUGCUAACCGGUUUCAUGGAGAAGGAUUUUAUUUUGUACGUCCCGUUGUGGGAUAGUGUUGAAUACAAUUAGUUUUACAUGUUUACAUUUAACCUGAUGAGGUGGUUUCUACUGUUUAUGUCUUGCUUUUAUUCCAUUCCAUAUAUAGUGUAUUAUAUUUAUAAGCAAGAUGAAGACACUUUAAGAUAUAAAACCUGAAAAAAAGAAAAAGGUGGAGCUUUGUUUGUGUAAACGCCGUUUGCACGAGAAACGACGCCAAAAUCCCCGAGAGUCAGAUUUACACGCCUGAAAACAUUGAAAUUGAGCUGAAAUAUUUUUAAACAUGUCUCCUAAUCAACAAUCAGCUGUUUUAAAGUAAGUGAAUGGUGUAAUUUAGUUAAAUGCACUGAAGAUUUGGACGUUCUCCUCCACUGAAGGGUUUCUUCUGAAGGAAAAUUCAGAAAAUUAGCAGCAUCCUCUAUUUUUUUUUUUUUUUUUUUUUUAUGUUGUUGCAUCGGUGCAUCAUCUUCAUGCAGAUGAAUCUCCCACUAUAACACACUCUCCCUCCUCUCCUGCAGUGAAAAUGUACUGAUGUCCCGUCAUGUGUGGUGUACCUGGUUCUCUCCCCAGGAAUUCUACCUGCUCAUAUUUCUGGAUACUGGAGGAGACGCCUGCUGGUCACCUUGUUAAGAGCCCGUUUUUCAUUGGCAGUCUUUUUUCGUUAUAGAUGAACGUCGGUUGUCUUUGUGCCUGAAAAGUGUUUUUAUUUUUAACAAUUUGUUACACAAGCGGUCCAGUUAGAAUAAAAAUAGUUUUCUGCCUCGGUUCUUAAGAAAGUGGCCAGAAGUAUUUAAAAACAAAGAUAUUCAUCCCUUUCAGUUAUUUUGAAGGGGGUGCUACCUGAAGAUUAUACUUGUGUUUUUUUUCUUCUUUUUAAAUGUUUUUAUACAUCAUUUUAUGUUUUGCAAGCAGAUAUUUGUAAGAAAAGAAUCAUAACUUUUAACUUCAUCUUGGAAAGUGCACUGUCUUGUACUUUUAAUUUAAAAGUAAAUACAUUUAGACCCUAUUUUGAAUCUGUGAUUUUUUUUUUUUAAAUCUUCUUUUAAGGCAUUUGUUUUUUUUAUCUGUCUAUACAACAAAUUACCAAUAUAAAUCAAAGAUCAAGCAAAGUAGCUUUAAAUAGAAAAACACACAUAUAUUUAAUGUUUCCUAGAAAAAUUCUGUCAAAGAGUUGUAUAAACUAAUUGUAGCAUCAAAAUGUUUUAUUCUUGUUCCUAAAACUUUAAUAUGAUGUUACAGAAUGAA